AAGAUUUGAUUUUUAUGAGAAGAUAACCAUAUCCAUCAUUGCCUUCCUUCGUUCGGUGGAGUUGAGGGUUUGCAGAGUUCCAUUUCCCUUUCAAUUCUUCACCCUACCGCACCUUUCUGCUCCAAUUCGAAUACUUAAAUGCCUUAUUUUCAUCCAUAAUUCUCAAUAUCCAACCCUACAUACAAUUCAACACUUUCGUUUUCACAAUUCUUGAAAUUCCAAGUCUUCCAAUACGAGUGGAUAAUUUGUUGAAAUGGUUUUGGUUUCUCAUCAACCGCAGGGCUUGUAUGUCACGUUUUCGUCUAGGAAAAAUUUGCCAUGGAGCAAAAGUAUGAAGUUGAAGCAGUGUUUCACAAAACGUCACUUGAUUGGAAGAGCUGAUUGGCAUCAUCGCAUGUUAAAGCAGACUAAUUGUCUAAGUGUAGGGCCUCCUCAAAUUUGUGGAUCCAAGCUUAAACCUUUGACGAUUACAAGCUUCAAAGGCAAUGAGCGAAAUGGUGAUUCAGAAGCCAGAGCCAAGGAGUUGAAGGUCCGCAAGACCUCAGUUAGAGUGGAAGAGAAGGGGGAAGUUAAGUCGGAGUCUCCAAAGACCCGUAAUGUUCCACUCAAUGGUGCUAAUGAGAGCCUUGCAGCAUCAUCUGGCAUUCAAAAACUUUUUAAAAAAUGGCUGACGAUGUUGCACUCUCCACCGUCAAAUCAAGAAGUGGAUGAAACUUUGGGAGAACCACCUCCAGAGGUUUUAUCAAAAACGUCACAAGGGAUGCAGCGGAGUGAAAAAAGUCAGAUGUUGAAGGUGGUGUGGUCUGCUUUUCAGUCUCUAGAUGCAUCAAUAAAGAUUCCACUUUUAAUAUUUGCUCCUUUCUUU